AUGUCUUCAGAAAAACUCAUAACUUUCAAGACUAGUGAUGGUGAGGAAUUCAAACUCAAUGAGGCUGUAGCUGUGAGGUCAGAAGUCAUCAAGAACAUGGUACAAGAUGUGGAUAGUACUUCUAAUGUCAUCCCCUUGUCUAAUGUUGAUGGCAAAACAAUGACCAAAAUUGUUCAAUAUUGGAAGAAAUAUUCGGAAGAAGAAUUAGUUUGUGUUCUCUUGGCUGCUAAUAUUUUUGAUGAUAAGCAGUUAAAGGAGGUAAUAAUCCAAGAAUUUGCUGAUAGGAUCAAAGGGAAACCAAUAGAGGAAAUACGUGAAGUAUUUGGUAUCAUGAAUGAUUAUACUCCAGAGGAAGAGGAGGAGGUCCGUAGAGAGAAUGCUUGGGCUUUUGAAUGA